GUGACUGGUAUCCUCUCCAUCGAACAGGCGACUGCGUGGCCAAGAUGACCAAUGCCGCUCGCAAGAGGCGUCGUGGCUCGUCAGAUGACGAUGGUCAUCUCCUCUCUACCUCGCGGCGUCUCCUCGACCUCGGUCUCCCCCACGCCUCGGCCGCCUCCUCGGCCUCAAGGCAUGAGCCAAAAGGUCCCGUAGCCUUCAGCAGCGAUGGCCUGGUAGCGUACCGGGCUCCGCAGUCACAACCCCCUAGACAUGCUGCUUCCUCGUCUACCUCUGCCAGUCCGGCAGUGACCAUUGCUAUCAAGCCUCUUCUGGCAGCCUGGACCGCCAAACCACUCCUGCUUUCUGUCCCAGUCCUACCGAUACCUACCGGAGGCUAUUCGGUCCGCUUCCUCUCCUUCAACUCGCUCGGCAAUUCCCUCGUGGCCAUUGUAGAGCCAGAUGAAGAAACAGCUCUUGCCGUGGGGCCAACAAUCACGCAAGGCGUUGUAUGCAUCUGGUCAAGGAGAGGCGAUGCCAGUGCCCUUAAUGAAGGCUGGUCCCUCGCCGCCGCUUGGCCUCUAGCAAGCAAUGGUCUAGGUCCCUUUGGCCCUUCCGUCAUCGCGGCUCGGUGGCUGCCCUCUUCUUUGAGAGCAUCUCCAGGAGGCGGACUGAGCGUUGUGGCUGCUGGCGAGACGAUGCAGGAAACCCCUGCUUUGCCCUCUGCGCAGCUGCCUGGAAUGGCCCAGGAGGGCAAGGCAAAGGCAAAGAAGUCCAAGGUGAUCAAAGUAGAGCGGAGCGCUGCAAGCGGCCCAGUCUUGUUGGCAAAAGGGGCCAAAAAGCCAGAAGGACUGCUCCUCAUUGGCGAGGACGGAAGGGCUCACCUGAUACAUCGAGAUACAUCAGUGGUCGGGGCUCCCUGUGCGACUCAUUCAGUACACUCGAGUCGAGAAAGAAGCAGGUCAAGGAUCUACGGGAGCAGCUGGACUGGGCUUCGCAUCUACAGAACAGUCGUCUCAUCCAAGACCACCGCGGUCUCGUCUCUCUGGUAGGAGCUGAUAGAGGCAAAGGCAAGCUUCGGGCCGUCUGGCAAGGUUUGCACGAGAACAAGGCGACAUUGCGAAGGUCUGAGUCGCUCAUCGAUGCGGUCACCCUCGAGGAAGAAUCGGUCGAAAGUCCAGUCAUCUUUCCCACUGAGCCCAGCUGGUCCACCAAUGGCGCCCUUGCGGCGUGGGUCGGUCCAAGCAGCAUCCGUCUGCGAGUACCGAGUACGCCGUCUGUU